AUGUUUUUUUUACCUAACUCUGAGAAGGGAAGUAGCUCCAAGAUGGGUUUUCUUUACGUCUUCAACCUCAUUGUUGGAACUGGAGCUUUGGCAUUACCGAAAGCGUUCCAAACUGCAGGCUACGUUCUUAGCAUAAUACAUAACCUGAAAUUCCGUUUCAGUUACAUAGCAGCAACAUUCGUUAUUGAAGCGCUUUCCGUGGCAAACGCUGUUAAUGCUCGGAAGUAUGUGGUUGUCUCGGAAAGUGAUCCGUCGUUAUUUGAAAUUGUCCAAAAAGUAGAAGUAGGUCAUAUGACGUCGAUGUUUCUUGGUAGAAGUGGUGUGAUAUUCAGCUAUCUAGCCCUAAGUAUCUAUCUCUUUGGAGAUCUCGCCAUAUACUCCACGACAGUUCCGAAGUCUCUUAUGAACCUCAUAUGUGCCCCCAUAAACACAUCCAGCGUUAUGCCGACGGACCCAUGUCGAGAAGGCUGGCCAGAGUUUUUUCAUCGCUUUACAGUAUAUCGACUCUGCGUUGUUCUCUUCGUAACGAUCUGUACACCAAUGGUGAUCAUCGGUGUGGCGAAAACGAAGUAUUUGCAGCUAGCGACAUCCUUUUCCAGAUGGUCCGCGUUUAUUCUGAUGAUUGCAUUGGCUACGGCACAAAUGGUGAGUAGCGGUGCUGCUGUGACACCUACACCUGUUAAUAUUCAUGGAUUUGGAUCAUUGUUUGGUACGGCGGUGUACGCGUUUAUGUGCCACCAUAGCAUUCCGGCUUUGAUUACUCCAAUGAGAUCCAAAACGGGAUUAUUUUUCAAGCUCUCUGGCAUUUAUUUACUUGUUUUGGCGUUUUAUUUCACACUUUCUAUUACUGGUGCGUUCGCGUUCACCCAUGUGCAGGAUGUGUACACAUUGAAUUUCCUUCACGACGAGAUGACCUCGGUGUUUUACUUCAUUGUCGAUUAUUUCUUGGCUUUGUUUCCCGUGUUUACCCUUACGACUAAUUAUCCAAUAGUGGGAACUACUCUUAUAAAUAAUAUACGAGUCCUGCGGGAUGCGGUGUUCCCACCCGUAUCGUCAGAAGAGGAAUCAUUGUUAGAAGGUAAUGAUGAUGAGCGUGAUUCUAGGCUGAGGAGGAGUACCCGUGCUGAUCAAGUAGUAAUCCCGAUACUGGUGAUUGGCAUUCCAACAGUGGCAAGUCUGUUAACAGAGAACGUGCUACUACUGGCAACAGUAACGGGCUCUUAUCCAGGUGUCGCAGUGCAAUUUAUGAUACCAUGUUUCUUGGUGAUAUAUGCCCGGAAUCACGCAAGAAGUGUUCUCAACUCUCCCGUACCCAAAAAGCAUGGAAGUCCUUUCCAAUCCGUCUACUGGCCAUACGCCAUAUUUCUCUGGGCUCUGUUCGCAAUCAUUAUGGUUACUUUGAAUAUAGUGGGUGUACGAUUUUAG